GAACAGGUCUCUCAUGAUUCGUAAAAGGACCCAUACCAAAGAGAAACUCUAACAGUGCUCCCAUUGUGACAAAAUAUUUAGCAUGCAUACCAAUCUGGUAAUACACACUGGGGAGAAACCAUAUGUGUGUCUGGAUUGUGGGAAAACAUUCAGUCAGAAUUCCAACCUAGUGACACACCAGAGGACUCACACAGGAGAAAAACCAUAUGAGCGUCCGGAUUGUGGGAGAAGUUUCUGUCGGAAUUCCCAGCUGGUGGAACACCAGAUGACUCACACAGGAGAGAAACCAUAUGAGUAUCAGGAUUGUGGGAAGACUUUCAAAAUUCCAAGUUGGUGAUACACCAGAGGACUCACACCGGAGAAAAACUAUAUGAGUGUCUGGAUUGUGGGAAAAGUUUCAGUGAGAAUUACUAUCUGGUGAUACACCAGAGGAAUCACAUAGGAGAGAAACCGCAUAUGUGUGGAGA